GAUUCGUUGAAGCAAUACGCAAUCAAACUCUAUCCUCUUUCGAUGCUACACGGCGACAGAUCCAACCUAAGCAUGUCACUCUCAGCUCGAUGGUCAUGGGAAUCUCCGCCACCCUCCUCCCCUCUUCUCUCCUCCUUCCCCACCACCCAAAACAACGCGCCACCCACCUCCACCUCUCCCGCCGUUCCCUCCUCUUCCUCUCCACCACCCUGGGCGGCUUCUCCCUCCCAGCGCCACUCUCCUACUCCUCCCCCUCGCCGUCGCCGGACACCACCAUCACCGACAGAGUCUUCCUAGACUUCAGCAUCUGCCCGACCUACUUCGUGAACCGAACCCUGGGCGACGACCUGGCCCUCUGCGCCGACGCAGAGGCUGUCGGGCGGGUAGUCCUGGGCCUAUACGGCAACCUCGUACCCAUCACCGUCUCCAACUUCAAGGCCAUGUGUACAGGCUCCUCCGGGUCGAGCUACAAGGGCAGUUUGGUAAAUAAAAUAUUCCCGGGGCAAUUCUUCCUGGCGGGAAGGCAAGGGCGGCGGGACAAAGGGGAAGUGAAGGCGCCUACGUCGCUGGUUAGGAACACGGAGACGGUGGAAUCAAAGGCGUUCUUGUUGGAACAUUCUCGACCGGGGACAUUGUCGUUGUGCUUGUCGGAGAAUGACGACGACAAUGACGUAAAGAUGAAUCCGGAUUAUCACAACGUGGAGUUCUUGAUCACCACUGGACCUGGACCCUGCCCUCAGCUUGAUAGCAAAAACAUCGUGUUUGGAACCGUGGUUGAAGGAAUGGAUGUGGUUGGAAGGAUUGCAGGAAUUCCGACAUAUAAGCCGUCAGAAAGAAUACAGCAAUAUAAUGGAAUAGCAGAAUUUCUGGGAGAUGGGAGAGCCAAAAACGCGAGGGCAAUAUGGAACAAACCUCUCAACACUCUGUAUAUCAGUGAUUGCGGACAACUUAAGCUUCCCACUCCUCCCCUUUCUCCCACACUGCCUUAAUUAAUUACACAUUAAUAUAUAUAUAUACAUAUAAUGGUUGAUGAGAUCGAUAAUGAGACAUAGUAUAUAUACCCAUCCAUUUCUACUGUACUGUAUAUCAUUCAUUUCAUUUUAAUUUGUUUAGUUUGCAUGUGAGCUAGAUAUAUGGAUCCAAUUGAAUUGAAGUCGAUCGGUCUUAGGUUGUACGCUACAUACGACCUCGCUUUGCGCUACAUAUAUACAUGUAGUACGUAUUGAAUUGGUGGGUAUAUAGUACGUACAGGUAGUGAACCCAAUGCAAGCUAGCUAGCUAAGAAUGAAUCCACUCCAUUUCAUUUGAGCGCCGAGUUGCAUGCAUAUAUAUAUGUUAGUCAUUGUAAUAACAUUACAAUACCAUCUAUAUAAAUAACAUUAUCGUCA